AUGUUUUGGCAUAUGGAAAAUCUGAUUGCACCAUUAGAUAGAGCUCGUCGAGAUGUGCUUACUAAUCCAACAAAACAAACAUUAUUACCUGAAGAAUUUCUUCAACAAUGCAAUGAUAUUCAAUUAAAUCAAGAUGAUUUUAAACAAUCUAAUGCUGAUUUUAAUACAAUAUCGGAUCAAGAUCUAAUCAAUUUAAUCAAUAAUAAUGAAUCACUUAAUGAUUCAUUUUCGAAAUUCAUUGAAAAACUUUCAAUAGAAUAUCAAUCCGAUUCAGCAUUCUUUAAAAAUUCUAUAUCUUUAUCAAAUAUUCGUACUGAUUCUAUAGAAAUUCGUGCUCAAUUUUUAUAUGCAUCAAAUAAAUUUAUUGAAAAAAGUCUUUCAUUAAUUGAUUUAAGUUUACCAAUGAGACAAAGUUUUCUAACUGAUCAAUUUUGUAAAAUAAAAUGUGAUUUAUUAUAUUCACUAAAAGUCACUGUUGGAGUUAAAAUUAGGGUAGUUAUAAUUCGAGUUUUAACCUUUGAGUUAUAA